AUGUCCAAACCGCUUAUGCGUAUCCCCUAUACGGGACCCCUUCCACCGCCCCUAAUCAUCCCACCGUCCGCAGCUACGAAACGAGGUGCUAUAGGAGCCCUCGCGCACUUUUUGACCUCUCCUACUCCCUCCUCUCCCCCCCAUCACUCUCAUUCCUCUGCCCUCGCACAAGACGAUUCCUCCACCGAUUCUAGCUCCGAGACAAAUAUACCGAAAAGCCAAAAUAAAACCGUCCUCCUCACCGGGGCGGGGAUAAGCGUCGCCUCUGGCCUGGCCGACUACCGCGGAGAAAAUGGGACCUACACACAGAACAAAAGCUACCGGCCCAUCUACUACCAUGAAUUCGUCGCCAGCCACGAAGCUCGUAAACGGUACUGGGCACGCUCAUUUCUAGGCUGGCGCGGCCUGCACCGUUCCAAGCCCAAUGCUGCACAUUUCGCAAUCCGGGACCUAGGCCGUUUGGGUCUUGUUGGUUCCGUCAUAACGCAGAACGUCGACUCGUUCCACCCCCUUGCGCACCCGGGAUUGCACUGUGUGGAGCUGCACGGGUUUCUGCGCAAUCUCAUAUGCCUCAGCUGCAAGAAGCCCAUGGACAGGGAUGCCUUCCAAACACGCCUGGCCGAGUUGAAUCCUGCGUGGGCCUCGUUUCUCACCGAGCUCUUACAGUCUGGUGCGCUGGACACGGACAAUCCUAUCGAAAGACGACGGCGAGGAUUUCGUACCAAUCCGGACGGUGAUGCUGAUGUGCCGGGCGCGCCGUACACCACUUUCCGAUAUCCGGCAUGUCCGAGCUGUUUGAAGCGGCCGCCCAUUCUGAGCGAUGGGUCAAAAGGCCAUGUCAACGUCGAUAGUGAUGGGGCCUGGAUCCCGACCGCCCCUACUAAGUCAAUGUCCGCGGCUUCCGACGCCGUAGGCGUCCUGAAGCCCAACGUUAUCAUGUUUGGCGAAUCGAUUCCCGCCUCUGUCAAAGCAUUGGCAGAAGCCGCCAUUGAUAGUGCCUCAAAGAUUCUGGUCGUCGGUAGUUCACUCGCGACAUAUUCGGCAUGGAGGUUGGUAAAGCGCGCCCAUGAGCAAGGUAUGGGUAUCGGAGUCUUGAAUCUUGGCGGAGUCAGAAAAGAGGAGGUUUUCUUUGGAGAUUAUACACACCCGACUCACAGUCAUUCCCAUGCCACUGAAGGCACGGCCAGUGUGAAUGGCGGUGGAGAUUUUCACGACAGCUGGAUGACGUUGCGCAGAGCUCUUGUUCGAGCUAGUUUGCCGGCAGAAGAGAUCUUACCGAGCGUGGUGGAUGUUAUUCGCAGUCAGUCAUCUUCAUCUUAG